UAAUUCGAAUUCUUUCUGUAAUCCCUUUGCCCGACAGCCUACAUGGUGCGACUUUUAUUUUGAAGAACCGGAAGUAUCCGUGUUUUCAUUACUGGCUACGGAAGGAACUGUUAUUUGCUCCCGUGAUUUCCGGACUAAGAACACAGACGGGAAUUAGGCGACAAAUGUAACCGUCUCACAGUGAAAGUCACAAUGGGUACCGCACCGACACACUCUCGUGGUGUUAGACCGCCUAAAGCGCUCCUACUGCUGCCUUUUCUCCUAACAUUCGUGCUCGUCGGGAGCCGAGGCGAGAGCCAUGCUAUGGACAAUGUCGCAACUGAAAGGAUGGCUGAGGAGAGCCACCGUCAGGACAGUGCCAAUCUCCUCAUAUUCAUAAUGCUCUUAACGCUCACCAUUUUGACUAUAUGGCUGUUUAAACACCGGCGAUUCAGGUUCCUGCAUGAAACAGGACUCGCCAUGAUCUACGGCCUGUUGGUGGGUGUGAUCCUACGGUUUGGCGUGCACGUGCCCCAGAGCACGAGUGACUUGAUCCUCAGCUGUGCCGUCAAUGCCAGUCCUGCCACUCUGUUGGUCAACGUCAGUGGCCGCUUCUAUGAGUACACCCUGAAGGGGGAAGUCAGCCGCAGCAAAAGUCACCAAGUGCAGGAUGAUGAGAUGCUUAGAAAGGUAACCUUUGACCCAGAAGUGUUCUUCAACAUUUUGCUGCCUCCCAUCAUCUUCCACGCUGGUUACAGUCUGAAAAGGAGACAUUUUUUCAGAAACAUUGGCUCCAUCCUGGCAUAUGCUUUUGUGGGAACGGUUAUAUCGUGCUUUGUUAUUGGGUUGAUCAUGUAUGGCUUUGUGUCCUUCAUGAAAGUUGUGGGACAGUUGGGGGGAGAUUUUUUCUUCACUGAUUGCCUCUUUUUUGGGGCCAUCGUUUCAGCAACGGACCCAGUGACAGUGCUGGCUAUCUUCAAUGAGCUCAAGGUGGAUGUGGACUUGUAUGCUUUACUCUUUGGGGAGAGUGUCCUCAAUGACGCUGUGGCCAUCGUCCUCUCAUCUGUUCUCCUGCGGUUGGAGAAACAGGGUAGGCAGGGCUCUGGAGCUAUCAACUCCACAGGAGGUGAUGGCCCAGUCUGGCCUGAGGGGGCACAGGACUGGCUGGGAGAAAACCAGACAUUGAACCCUCGCUCCAUUGUGGCCUACCAGCCCGCAGGGGACAACAGCCACAGCUUCGAGGCCAUGGCCUUGUUGAAAUCCUUUGGCAUCUUCCUGGGUGUCUUUAGUGGAUCCUUGGCACUUGGAGUAGCGACCGGAGUCAUGACCGCGCUCGUGACUAAGUUCACUAAGUUGAGGGACUUCCCUUUGCUGGAGACGGCACUAUUUUUCCUCAUGUCCUGGAGCACUUUUCUCUUGGCUGAGGCCUGCGGCUUCACAGGUGUGGUAGCUGUGCUUUUCUGUGGCAUCACUCAAGCUCACUACACUUACAACAACCUCUCUCCUGACUCGCAGGACAGGACUAAACAGUUGUUUGAGCUGCUCAACUUCCUGGCAGAGAACUUCAUCUUUUCCUACAUGGGUCUGACUCUCUUCUCCUUCCAGUCACAUGUCUUCAACCCUCUGUUCAUCAUCGGAGCCUUUAUGGCCGUGUUUCUGGGCAGAGCCGCGAACAUCUACCCUUUGUCCUUCCUGCUGAAUCUGGGCCGCAAGAACAAGAUCGGGUCCAAGUUUCAGCAUGUCAUGAUGUUUGCAGGUCUGCGCGGGGCGAUGACCUUUGCUCUCUCCAUCCGCGACACGGCGACGUACGCUCGCCAGAUGAUGUUCUCGACCACGCUCCUGAUCGUCUUCUUCACGGUGUGGAUCUGUGGCGGGGGCACCAUGCCCAUGCUCUCCUUCAUGAGUAUACCCGUGGGUGUCGACUCUGAUCAAGAAAACAGUUCUGCGGUGUUGGACGGGUCUCAGCGGAGGAACACUAAACAUGAGAGUGCCUGGCCUUUCAGGAUCUGGUAUACCUUUGACCACAACUACCUGAAGCCCCUCCUGACACACAGCGGCCCUCCUCUCACUGCCACGCUGCCAUCUUGUUGUGGACCACUGGCACGGUGCCUCACCAGUCCACAGGCCUAUGAGAACGAAGGUCGCCUCCACGACGACGACUCUGACUUUGUUCUCAACGACGCCAACGUGAGCUGCAUGUACGCCGACGUCACCGUCAGCACCGACGCAUCCGGAUCCCACACCAUCAACCGCAAGCGCUCGUCCACCGCCAGCACCGGGUGCGGCCCGACCGACGAGGGACUGGAUCAGGAUCUCGCGCUGGCGGAGCACGAAGUGGCAAUCAGGGGCACACGUCUGGUCCUGCCGAUGGACGACCCGGUGGAGCUGCCGACCACCGUCACGCUGCCCCCGCCGCCGUCCCCGCCUCACUCCGACCCUCGCAGGCACAGACUGUGAGAAGCCUCACACACUCAAAUCACCUGAACUGAAUUCACAUGAGAUCGACGUGUUAUUUGGUUUGUUUGGAUGUUUAAAAUGAACUGUUUUAAUUGUUCCUACUGUCUAACAUUUUUAAUAUUGUCUCGCCAUUUAGGUGGAUAACUUAAAUCUUCAAUGUGAAUGCACUACAUGUAAGUUAAGGUACUGUAAAUUACAAGCACCUGAAGUCUGUCGGCUUGCCUAUAAAUAUAAACCAUUUAAGGGGGCAGGAUAAGAGGAGAAGUUGUGUAGGGCUGCAACUAACAAUUAUUUUCAGGUUUACUACAGGUUUUCAGUUUUAUGGAUUUCUUUUUUUAUGGAACAGAAAACAGAAAAAAUUCACGUUUAAGAAGCUGAGAAAUCACUCAAACUGAUUAAUCCCUUAUCAAAAUAGUUGACCAUGUGUUGCAGCUCUCCUCUCAAGUUUUUACUCCUGUGGCAAUAUGCCAGUUUUUUGUUUUAUCUGUGCUCCGUGUUGUCAGCCCUACACGGGUGUUUUAGAGCCUCAAAUAUGUCGACAAAGUGUAUUAGUCUAGAUUAAAUUAUAGAAAAGAUUAAGCAGUUUCCUGCAUUAAAUUCCUGACCGGCUUUCUAUUCAGCCACGACUCCACCAUCUGCUGUGAAUGAAAGUCUCUGUAAACAUGUUCACUUUCAUUCUUGUUAUCCGUAGUAGAAGUACUUGGAAAAAAAGAGUUGCAGAUGAGAGAGUCCGCUUCCUGUUUACAUCUGUGAUAUGUGGACGCAGAUAAUACUUCUGAUACGGAGCUCGAUACUUAUCUCUGAUAACACGAUAGUAUGGAUGUGGUUUAAACCGGUUCGAUAUGCAGGUUUCUCUGUGGCGAUAAAAUGUCCAGGAUCUGUUUAGCUUCUGUCAAAUAUUCUACAGUAGGUAGCGUUUUUACGGCAGUGUCAGCUAAACCCUGAGACUUCUCUCGUGGCUCAUGUUAACUCCAGUCAUUCGCUCAGUUGUCGCUUGUGUUAUAUUUUAUUUUUUUUGUCAAGCUAAAACAUGCUUUUCUUCAUGAGGCUAUGAACAAAAUGUUACCUUAUUUGGCUGGAGACGUUAAAAUAAAUGAAUUGAUUUUUAAAGACAAUAAUCUUUAAGUUGCAGUUGUAAACUACUGUAGAUACUCAAUGACCAAAACAUUGUCCAUCUUGCUCUUCAAUGUUAGCAUUGCCAACAUCUUCUCUUCAGUUAGUCUUUUUGGUGUAUUUAUUUAACACAACAUGAUUGGUUUGUGCGUGAUUUAUUUGUUUGUUUAUUUAUUUAUUUAUGUAUUGUUUUGCAAUGUAACAUAGACUGGUCAGUGGUGGGAGGUUGUCUUAUCGGCACUAAAUGAAGGUAUGUGGUGUAGCAGGGAGGUGGAUAUUCAUCAUUCCCGAAGUUUGUCCUUUUCUCAUACUGUAGCAAAAUGCUUCUACUUUAUACUUGGAAACGAGAGCUUCCGUCUUUGUGUGUGUUUGUGCGUGCGUGCACCUCUUAAGGCAUAAACACUGACCUUGUCAGGACCAGUAGUCCUCAUGGAGACCAAAACCUGGUCCUUAUGAGGCAGAAGGAACUGGUUAAGUUCAGGGCUAAGAUUUGAAUUGUGGUUGAGAUUAAGGUCAGGCAUUAGCUGGUUAUGGUUGAGGUGAGGGAUAACGAUUUGUUUGGGCUGUCCUAAUGAAUGGAAGUCAAUGCAAGUCCUUUAAAGCCAUGGUUCUCAAACUGGUACGUGUACGCAAGCUUCCUCUGGUGGUACUUGGAGUGGAGCUGAGGAAUUUCUGUGUGUGGAAAAUGACACGAACAACAAAAAAAUUUAAUAAUUAGCGUCACCUUAUCUCUGAAGUAUGUGAGGAUGAGAGAGAAAUAUCUUUUUGGGAAUAAAUCUGCCUCCUGUGAAAAGUCCAUAGCUGACUUUGCUCAGACUGUUUACGCCACUGUAUUUUAACGUUAGUGAUAACGGUGUUAUUUCAAGAGGUCAAUAUUUUCCUCAGGUGGUACUUGGUAUAAGAAGUUUGAGAACCACUGCUUUAAAGGAUAGCUAUGUGAUCCUGUGUGUGUGGCUGAUAUGGCCAAAUCUACUGAUGUGGAUUUUAGGGCUAAUAUUAUAUGUUUCUGGAUUUUCUCACAUCAUCUGAAUUUGUUUCUUUCCUCAGAAACUGUUUAUUUUUUUUAUUUUUUUCAUGUUGUAUCAUUAAAGAUGACUUUUGAGGGCUGGCUGAACUGUUUUAAAAUUUAAAAGUGCCUAUUCUGAAAUGAAAUCAUCUAUUGUAGAUGUGUAUAUAUUUGAUUUGCUUGUGUGCACAAUGAUGAUGUUUGUGUGUGUGUGUGUGUGUGUUUUAAUGACACAGAUGUCAAAUGUAUUCUCAGUUGGUCUCUACCUGCAUUUGACUGUUUGUUUUAUGUGUCCUGAAGAGUGAAAACUAAAAUAUUGUACUUACAUUAAUGGAAAAUGACACUCAAUAUUUUGGCUGCAGCUAUCAUUUUAUGAACAGCAUGUUUGUGAACAAAAAAAAAAGUAUAUACUGUAUGUGUGUGAUUCUUAAUUAGAAGGUGAAAUUGAAUUUUGAUGAAGGGACAGGAAGUAGCAGAAUGUCUUUUGUUUAGAUUUUUUUAUUGGCAACCACACUCAUCUACUCUGUCCCCCAUUUCACAUCCAAAUAACAUGUUUAUUUUGAUUGUGUUGUCAUCUUAAUCUUCAUGCAGUAUUUCGUAAUGAAUCCUAGAUCACUUAUUUUUUGUCCGUAUUUGACCCAUAAACAUUUUUGUUUAUAUAGAUUGAAGAAUCAGUUCUAAUCUUACACACACACACACACACACACACACACAAAAACUGUUUAAACAACAGUUCUGUAUGUGACAAUAGAUCUGUAUGUGAAUGUUUUUUUGUAAAUGUGAACUCAUGUUGAGGGGUAAAUGGAUCUCAGAUUUAACAGAUUUCCCCCCGUGUCGUCCUGAACUUACUAAUGUUGUAUCCUCAUUCAGACAUCUUGAGGUGACCUGGAAAUAAAUAAAACAAAAUCUUCCAUUUGA